CCAGCGCUGGCCGCCCGCUGUCACUCGCGCAGGCUGGCCGGGGGAAGGGACCCGCACGCCGGGCUUUGUUGUGGAAAUCCCGGUUACCAGGCUCAUAAACCAUCCCAUGGAUAGCUUACUGGACCUUGCCUGAAAGGAGUGAGUAGUGCCACUGGCUAUUUGACCAUACUGGCGACAGGUUUUUCAGGAUGAAUGGAAGGUCAUGCGGCAUGAAUCUGCACCGGACAGCAGGAACCACACAGGGGCCUGGGAUGCUUAGUGGCCAACACGUUCCUCCCAUACAAGCUCACUCGGGAACUCCUGGCCCCUUGUCCUGUGGCAGCACACCAAGCCCUGCUAUUGGAAGCCUUGCUAACAGUCUCCAUCUCAAGAUGCCUUCCGGAGGAGGGAUGGCUCCUCAGAACAACAUGGCUGAGAGUCCCAUUCACCUGCCUGCCUUGAGCCCCAGGAGACAAGUGCUCACCAAUGGGAAGCCCCGAUAUCAGGUUGCCCCGGCUGGAGGCAUGUCAGGGUCACACACUUUAAAGCCAAAGCAGCAGGAGUUUGGAAGCCCUUUUCCUUCAAAUCCUGGAAAAGGGGCUCUUGGCUUUGGGCCUCAGUGCAAGUCCAUUGGAAAAGGCAGCUGCAACAAUCUAGUGGUCACCAGCAGUCCCAUGAUGGUUCAGCGACUGGGACCCAUUUCACCUCCAGCAAGCCAGGUCUCUACAGCAUGCAACCAGAUCAGUCCUAGCUUACAGAGGGCUAUGAAUGCAGCCAACCUGAAUAUACCUCCUUCAGAUACCAGGUCCCUUAUUUCGCGUGAGUCUCUGGCAUCUACAACUUUGAGUCUGUCGGAGAGUCAGUCGGCCUUGAGUGUGAAGCAAGAGUGGUCCCAAGGCUACAGGACCCUCCCUUCCCUUUCCUCCAGCCACGGCUCUCAGAAUGGCGUUGAUCUAGGCGACCUCCUUAACCUUCCACCAGGGACAUCCAUGUCCAGCAGUAGUGUCUCUAACUCAUUGCCACCCUACCUUUUUGGCAUGGAAAAUAGCCACUCUCCUUACUCUAGUCCCCGGCACUCGGCCACCAGGUCCCACUCUGCUCGCUCCAAGAAGAGAGCACUGUCCUUGUCCCCGUUGUCCGAUGGCAUCGGGAUAGACUUCAACACCAUCAUCCGCACCUCGCCCACGUCCUUGGUGGCCUACAUCAACGGGUCCAGAGCUUCCCCAGCCAAUGUGUCUCCACAGCCCGAAGUCUACGGGCACUUCCUGGGGGUACGUGGCAGUUGCAUCCCGCAGCCGUGCCCGGUGCCCAGUGGCCAGAAGAGCGUGCUGGUGGCCAGUGGCAGCGUGCCACUGCCGGCCUAUGGUGAGGACUGCGCCUUGGAGUACGAGCGCAUGCAACAGCUGGAGCAUGGUGGCCUGCAGCCCGGGCAGGUCAACAACAUGGUGGUGCAGAACCGCCUGCCAGGCUCUGAUGGCCAGCCAGCUGGCCUGCUCAAGACGGAGCGCCUGGAAGAGUUUCCGGGCAGCGCCCUUGACCUGCCUCCUCUGCCACAGCCCCAGGGACCCCCGCCCCCCUACCACGCCCACCCGCACCUGCACCACCCGGAGCUCCUGGGCCACACCCAGCCGCUGGCCCUGCCCCAGACCGCACUGGACGAGGACGGGGAGAUGGACGACCUGGGAGGCAAGCACUGCUGUCGCUGGAUAGACUGCAGCGCCUUAUAUGACCAGCAGGAGGAGCUGGUGCGGCACAUCGAGAAGGUCCACAUAGACCAGCGCAAAGGCGAGGACUUCACCUGCUUCUGGGCUGGUUGUCCUCGACGGUACAAGCCCUUCAACGCCCGCUACAAACUGCUGAUCCACAUGCGAGUCCACUCCGGGGAGAAGCCCAACAAGUGUACGUUUGAAGGUUGCAAAAAAGCCUUCUCAAGGCUCGAAAAUCUCAAGAUUCACUUGCGGAGCCACACGGGUGAGAAGCCGUACCUGUGCCAGCAUCCGGGCUGCCAGAAGGCGUUCAGUAACUCCAGUGACCGCGCCAAACACCAGAGGACACAUCUGGACACUAAACCUUAUGCUUGUCAAAUUCCAGGAUGUACCAAACGCUACACAGACCCAAGUUCUCUAAGAAAACAUGUGAAGGCACAUUCUUCCAAAGAUCAACAAGCAAGGAAAAAGCUGCGGUCCAGCACAGAACUGCAUCCAGACCUGCUCACAGACUGCCUCACCGUGCAGCCCCUGCAGCCGGCUACUUCCCCACGAGACGCUGCUGCUGAUGGCACUGUGGGAUGCUCCCCAGGGCCCGGGCCUGACCUCUAUUCAGCACCCAUUUUCUCCAGCAAUCAUUCAAGCCGAAGUGGAACAGCUGCUGGGGCCGUGCCACCCCCACAUCCUGUCAGUCACCCUUCUCCAGGACAUAAUGUACAGGGGAGCCCCCACAACCCCUCCUCCCAGUUACCUCCACUCACAGCUGUGGACACAGGAGCUGAGAGGUUUGCACCUUCUGCUCCAUCUCCUCACCACAUCAGCCCCCGGAGAGUCCCGGCUCCUUCGUCAGUCCUGCAGAGAGCACAGCCUCCCCUGACCCAGCAGACAGCAGGUGCGCACCUGAAGUCCUAUCAGCCAGAAACCAGCUCUUCCUUUCAGCCCAAUGGCAUCCACGUCCACGGGUUUUACGGGCAGCUGCAGACCUUCUGCCCUCCACAUUACCCCGACUCCCAGAGGACCGGGCCGCCCGUCAGCUCCUGCAGUGUGGUGCCUUCCUUCGAGGACUGCCUGGUCCCCACGUCCAUGGGCCAGGCUGGCUUUGAUGUUUUCCACAGAGCCUUCUCAACUCACUCGGGCAUUACAGUGUAUGAUUUGCCAUCGGCUUCCUCGGGCCUCUUUGGGGAGUCGCUUCGCAGCGGGCCUGAAGAUGCCACAUUCUUGCAAAUCAGCGCUGUGGACCGGUGUCCUAGCCAGCUCUCCUCUGUCUACACCGAAGGCUAGAAGCUCCCCUGGCCUCUGCUGCACAUCCAGAACCUUCUCGCAGCUCGCCAUCUGGUGUCUUCACUCUUUCAUGGGCUACGCAAGAAAGGACGCCAGGUAGAUCAGUGGAAGCUGCAGGGCCGCUGGAUGGGCAGAGCCGGCCUCGCAGGAAUGUUUCCAGUUGUUCCAUGCUCUCUGGGUUUGCGGGGCCCAUUGACCAGCACAACUGUUUUUGCAAAGGGAAUUCAGAGUCUCACUCUGCUGGAUACCUGUUACUUCCUGGCGGUCAACUGGCCGAGGACACAGAGGAGUUGAUGUGCACGUGAAUGUGUAGUUUGGGGAUGACACCUGCUGCUAGCUCUCCGGAGGGAGGGACAACCAGAGGCAGUGACCAGAGGCAGAGGGAGCUGCCUCAGCUGCUCUCCCUCCCUGCUGGGCCACGCAAAGCCAGGCAUGACAAGGGAACUGCGUGGCCUAAGCUUGGUGUGGUCUUGACUCUUGGGAACUCCCUGGGUUUCCGUCUCCUCCCAGAUACUCCAAUGCUAACCAGUUGCUUCUCCUUGUUUCUCCAACAGUGAAAUAUUUUAUAUUCCAGCAACCUAGCGUUGUUUUUGCAUCUUAAAGACGUAUUUACAUCUAUUUUAAAUGGAAUAUAUAUGUAUAUGUAUACAUAUAUAUGUAUAUGUAUGUAUAUGUAGGAGUCUGUUCUUUGGUUGGAAAUCAUUGUUACUUUAAUCACCUCAGCUACAUGCAUUUUGCCACAGCUGUCACUCUGCCUGGCUCUAACCCUGGAAUGUUACCAUGGCAGUUAGCAGAGGCCACAUGAGGGAACCUCCAUGGGUUAGCUGUUGAGCAGCCCCACUUGGAAGACCUUAUUGUAAAGAAAAGGUCAUUUAACUGUUCCAGUCAUGGCCUCCACGCUGCUGCUCUACCUGAGAGGUGCCUACAUGUGUGAGAACAGGGCCACACACUCGGUCAUGGCCUAGGUUCCCUGAGAAGAUGAAACUCGGGAUGCCUGACAGCCACGCACUUUGCACAGCCUCUGCUCGCCUCCUCCAGGAGGUCCCAUCUGCCCCUCUUGUUGCACUCAUCUCACCCUCUCCCUGACCGUGGUGCAGACACACUCGCCACCACCACGGCCUGACCAUCACCUCUUGGGAAGGUAGAGGGGACAGUCACGAAAGGUAGGCAAUAUAAAACAACCCUUCUGCUGAAACUCUGAUUUGAAGGCCUGGAAUAUUCCCACAGCACUUGGCCAUUUUCUGUGAACCCUACAUAAGGAGUCACCCUCUAUGACACCUUUACAAAUCUAUGAGCAUAGGCUAUAAAAAUUGGCCAAACCCUAAAGACCUGGCAAACUCUGACAUUCUGGUGCCAUCACAUUUGAGGAUUUCUUUUCUGUCUUUGAAAAGGUGUUUUCUGAACAACAGUGAAACAAUACUAAUUGUCAAGCUGAGAUACUUACAAACUUCAGUAAGACAAAGAGCUUGAUGUGAGACUUGGGAUCCUGGGACAGGUCGUGUCCCCGACAGGUCCUUCUAGUCUGGCUCACAAUCGAUAGUGUUCUACUCGAUCCCAGAGUUCAUUCAGUAGAAUGCGAUGGAUAGAGAACCAAGUGUUUGUUUCAUUCUUACUGUCUGCUUGGUCAGUCUAGUUUCUCUAACUAGUGGGCUGUGUUCUGAGAAAAGCUAUCCUGCAAAAGAAGUAAGUUACCCACUGGACGAAAAUCUCAGCUUUUCCAAAGCAGGCACAUGAAGCUUUGGGGACAAGUGAGCUCUCAGGCCACAUGUAACAUAGCAGGGUUCCCGCAGCAUCUGUGGGUUGUGUCCCUCGGCCUAAGCAGGGUCUUGUGUGUGCUAGCCCCACCUGAGUCAGUACAGUAGCAUGCCUCCAUUGUCCUCUGCCACGCUCCAGAAAGAAGGGAAAACUCUGGAAUCUUCAGAGAGACCACAUCUGUCUGUCCUUAAAUAUUAAAGCCUUGAGGAGGAACUCAAAAUACAUUUCAUUUUUGUGAUGAGGAGGAAAAAAAAAGAUGAAAAGGCUAGGUUACUAGUGCUGCUGAUGUUGUCUGCCUUACCUCGUGGCUUUAUAUCAUUUCCAAUAGGAAGGAUAAAGGAGGACAAAGCAAGAAACAACCUCAGGAGACAUGGAUGUCAUCUCCCCCUUAGUGAGGGAGGAGAUGCAUCUGUGCCAGCUGUGGCCUCCUGGUGCUCCUGCCCCUGUCUUGCCUCACCUGGGCUGGAGGGACCAAGGACAGGCCAUGCAGGAGCAGCAGCAGCACCUGCAGAGCAUCCUCCCUCAGCAGGAUCCAGGCCCAGCCCCUGCAGGAGCUUCCAGAAGUUGCCCCGUGCACCUCCUCACCAGCCCUUCUGUGUUUCCUGAUACCUCCAGGUUUGAGAUUAGAGACCCAGGGCAGCACACGUCGAGGUUCCCUCCAGACUGCACAUUCUCCUUACAUUCCAGUACCUCUCCCCCCCGGCCUUAACCGUUGUGCCUUGCUUGCUUUUGCACAGUGAAAGAUUUGUAUAUGCUCUCAUCAUUAUUUUGGAAACAGUAAAGAUAGAAACUUCAACAAAAUCUUUCCCUUCCAUUUCCUGUCCUGUUUCAUCUCGAUAGGUAACUGUUCUUGUAAACAUCUGGAUAGAGAUCAUCAUUGCCCUUGUGUCAAAAAACCAAACCAAACCAAACCAAAGACUGGUGCUUGUGAAAACACACACAGCCCAAAGCCAAUUAUCCUAUUACUUAAAAAAAAAAAAAAACAGUAUGUCUAGA